AGACUGUCCUCAAUUCAGUGUGAGCUUGGUAAAUUAACAACAGUAGUUAUACCAGUACAUUUUCACAUAUUUCCUGUCGGGUAAUGUAUAUUGCAAUUUGAAAAUAACACCUUCAACGUAUAUGAAACUAUUCAUGUUAUACCCCGACGGCUUUGAAUUUAGUUGUUCACAAGACAACAUAUCACCAGAGAAAAUAGGAAGAUAAACCGAACAACUUAUCUGAUUUCAUCUCUCCGAAUCUUUGCAAGAAAUUUCAACUUUAGACACCGCUCUGGUGAGUUCUUUCAAAGGAAUCAGAAGAAAGGAAAAAUAAUACUACCAACAAGGAAAUAUUAACUAGAGUAAAAUGGAGAGUUACGCUGAACACGAUGUUGUCCCUCACGUAUUGGAUGCGCCACCACCCGCCAUCUUGAAAGUGGAAUGGGACAAGGAUGUCAAAUGCAUGCUGGGUAAUGAACUAACUCCCACACAGGUGCAAAAGCAACCGUCUGUCCUCGAGUGGGAAGCGGAGGAUGGCGCCCUCUAUACGAUCCUCUUCACCGAUCCCGAUUCGCCUUCUCGAACCGAUCCGGACCGCGUUGAGGUUGUCCACUGGUUGGUGUUCAAUAUACCCGGUUGUGACGUCAGCAAAGGUCUCGUCCACGCGGAAUACAUCGAAUCGGGUCCGAGAGAGGAGACGGGCUUCCACAGGUAUGUUUAUCUAGUGUACAAGCAGUCUUCGGAAAUCACCCCACACGAUGCGUACCGCCGACGAAGCCCAGAGAGGCGCAAGCCAUGGGACACCCGAAGUUUCGCCAUGGAAUACGGACUGGGGACGCCCAUCGCUGGAAACUUCUACAUCGCGCAAUAUGACGAUUACGUGCCGAGGUUCCGCGCAGAGUUGUUAGCCGCUGCGGCAAACCAGUAGAUUUUCACACCCCUCUCCGUCGUAUUUUUCCCCCCGAAUAUCAAGGAAUUUUUGUGAUUUUCAAUUGAUAUUAAUGUGAAUUUUCAGUUUGAAGCGACCCAAAUUAGGAACUGAAUUUAAAACGGUACCUCGUGCCUCCCCUUUUGGAAGUGUUGUUUCGGGAAUGCCUCCAUUUUUGGCAGUCGUUUUUGCUUUUCAUUCUUUUUCUUGGAUUGAUAAGAUCAAUUUUGUUUGUCAUACUCAUUAUUAUUUUCAAAAUAAUAUGGAUCAAUCUCACCCACAUUUAUGAUAUCCUACAUCUUCCCUUUCUGUUUCGUCAUCAAAUUUAAUCUUGAUAUAAGUGAAUCGCUUCAAUCUCAAAUCUAAAAGUGUAAACACAAUCGCAUAAUCGAUGGGCUGCACCACAUGCUGGGGGCGAAAUUAUUUUUUUCCAAUUAGCAUGCGCGUGGACUACAAAAUUUUACAAAAUUUUGGUCGUUCGCGUUGCCAUGAAUGAAUCAGCACCUUCAAAUUAUAGGCUUAGGCUGAGAUCUAUAUCUAAAUCCAAUUCUUAAACAUUUAUUAAAUUGCCAUUAAUGACAAUGAAAAUGCUAGUCUAGGCUAUGCUAUGGCUAGCCUAUGGGCGAGGGUAUUAACUUUUAUCUGGACCAAGCUAACCCUAUGGUAGGACCUAAACUGGGAGCUGGAUAAUUCCGAACUAAACGUGUACUUACGUUAAACCAUGCAAUGAGAUAAAAUUAACGACCUAGCCUCGGUUAGCCAUAGCCUAGUAAGUCCACGAGCAUGCCUAUUCUGAAGACGCAAGUCAUGAAUAUCCAUAUUGGGAUCCGGAAAUCAUAAUUUCGCUGCCGGGUGGGGGGGGGGGCAGAGAGCCGAUUGACCCUAUUAGUUUUCAUGUAGUGAAAAUAGACGGAAAUAAGGAAGACUGUAAAAGUAGAGGCCUAGAUGUACCAUGUAUUCUACAAUACCCCCACAAUACAAGUGAGAAAAUAUGAACGCCCCCCCCCCCCUACUAAAAGAGCCUCCACCCACCCCUGUCCGCAUCACACGUAGAGUAGAAAUAUACCAAAAAAUCGGCUUGUUGAUUUUGUACCAAGUCAAGUUCUUUUUAUUCUUAGUUGUUUGGGUUUUUUUUUUUUGGGGGGGGUAUAUAGAUAUGGAGACGAAACAGACUUUUCAAGAACCGUGAUGGUUGUGAAAUAAAAUCAGACUGUUAAUUUUAUUAUUAAGCCCUCAAGUUUUGUUCGCUCGUUACACAUGGCCCUUGGCAAGCAGGGGUGCUGGCGGUUCUGCUGGGGGUGAAGCACCCCCAAAUAUUGCCCUGGAGUUGCUGCGGCACGGUAUUAUUUUCCAUAGGCAGCACCCCUAGAAUUGUGGUAGAUGUGGCAAAAUGGAGAAACGUAAACAAAAUGACGUCCAUAUUGUGGAGGAACGUUUUUUGCUUGUCAAUAUUCUCGUGUCCCAAACGACAUCAUUACAUAACAUUUAUGGUUUUGUACAGCUAAAUGUACGCCUAAUUUUAAUACACUAUCUAUACUAAGAUUUAUGUAUAUUAUUAUUGAAUUGCUUUAUUUCAUUUUGAAUUGCAUGUUUCUAUCCAAAGCGUUGUAAAAUGAUUUUAAAAAUUGGAAUUGAAUAAAGUACAACU